AUGUCGUAUCAGGUAUUAACAAAUACUCAUCAGUGUAUUCUUGAAUGGGUUCAAGCAUCGAAUGGUCAAGUACCACCCCAUGCAGUAUUAGGUGGACAUCUGGCGAAUAGCGAACCAUUGUAUAUUGGUCGCGUCAAUCAUCAAGGUUCACUGGUACCAGGUAACAUUCAAGCAAGUCGCCAUUGUUUGUGUAUUCCCUAUGAUUAUCAAGCAUGGGAAUAUAAAAACUAUGAAGUAUUGUGUGUCAAAACAGGUACAGGUAAAUAA